AUGAUGACAAUAAAAAGAUAUAUAAGGCUCAAGAUCUACUGGGUCCUCACAGAAGUCACUCUUCUAUUCUCGCUCUUUGCUACUAUGGCUACUCCAAACACUGCCGUUCUCCAGAGGGUUUUCAAGUUAGUCUCUCGCCUUCGUGCUGCUCGGAAACUCAAUUUAACUUUUGAGGAGCUUCUGGAGAUGGAUAUUUCUCAAGAUGUCUGCAGUUACUUCAAUAUCAAGGAUCUUGUUGAACCAUAUCUCCACAACAUUGAUCUGAAGACGAAAGCCGAUCGUCUAUUGAAGAAAAUGGAAAAAGCAUCUCCAGCCGGACCAACCAGGAAAAGACCAUUUACCGAAAAUGAAGGAAUUGAAUUUGGAAGGAAGAAAACGUCACCGACAUUAACUGCUCCAAAGCAACGUGCACCUAUCGCCAUAGCCGUCCGAUCGAACUCCAGAAUACCAAUGAAACCCAUCAACGGAAAUUCAAUCCAGAUGAACCGCUACGAAGAGGAUCGCCGUCGAAAGAUUCUGAAAAUUCAACAGAUGAAACAAGUAGGAGAGGAGAAACGAAUGGAGAAUCUCAACGUCUUCAAGAUGGCUCGACUUUAA